AUGUGGCUGCUCAGUACCGAUCGCGCUGAGCUCACGUACUUCAAUGAACCUCCUGCCAAAUAUGCGAUCCUUUCCCACGUCUGGGGCCAGCACGAGCAGUCCUUCCAGGACAUCCAGGCACUACGCGACUUAUGUUCCUUGGACGACGGUAAAACGCCGCGCUCCUGCGCGUCCGCAAAGAUUCGGGCGUGUUGCAUGUACGCUGAAGCGGAUGGCUACGAAUGGCUGUGGAUCGAUACUUGUUGCAUCGACAAGACCAGCAGCGCCGAGCUAUCCGAGGCCAUCAACUCCAUGUACGACUGGUAUUCGCGCGCAUCUGCGUGCUACGCGUAUCUGGCAGACGUUCCAACGGACGAAGAUCCCGCAGCGCCGGACUCGGCGUUCCGCCAGAGCAUCUGGUUCCGACGCAGCUGGACCCUCCAGGAGCUCAUUGCCCCGCAGGAGGUCGUCUUCCUCUCCAAGGACUGGGAGACACUCGGGAACAAGUACCUGUGGCCGGGCCUCCUGCAAGAGAUCACGGGCAUCGAGGCGGAGGUGCUCACCUUCCUCAAGCCGCUCUCGUCGAUCCCGAUCGCCCUCCGCAUGCGCUGGGCGGCAGGCAGGCAAACCACACGGAUCGAAGACGAGGCGUACGCGCUCAUGGGCAUCUUUGGCGUGAACAUGCCGACCAUCUACGGGGAGGGGAGGCGCGCGUUCCGGCGGCUGCAGGAGGAGAUCAUGAGGCAGACCCCAGACCAGACACUGUUCUUGUGGGGC